AUGGCUCCAAUCGCCCUCCAAUCCCCUCAGGCAGUGGCCGAGUUCCAAUCACAUCAGCAUCAAGACCUAAGCCUCGUCCAACGGCGUUCGAAUUUCGAGAUCCUGAUAUCCUCAAUCCGGGACACUCUUGGCACAAACCCAGAGCUUAAGUUCGACGACGUAGAUGUCGAUAAACUGGAGAUGCUCCUGAGAGCCUACCAAUCCUCAAGAUCGGAAUGGGAACGCUUCUCGUUUAUUGAUUUUAGUCGGAACUACACUCGGAAUCUGGUAGACAACUUGCAUGGAAAUGCCAACCUGAUAUUGAUGACAUGGACACCCAACAAGGCCUCCUUGAUUCACGAUCAUACCAGCGCUCACUGCGUCAUGAGAAUCCUACAAGGCCAUAUCAUCGAAACUCGUUACGAGUGGCCUACCCCAGGGGUCGAAGAACCACUAAAGGUUAAACAAGUGAGGCAUUACUACGCUGGCGAUGUUGCCUACAUGAGUGAUGAUCUCGGAAUCCACAAAGUCGAGAACGGUGACCCAGACUCAGUUGCCGUUAGCCUCCAUCUCUACACCCCUCCUUACAUCGAAAAAAGUGAGUAA